GAGGGGAGGGAGCAGCGCCCGGGCCGGGCCGGGUUCGGGUCCCGCCGCUGCGGGGCCGCCGCCCGCCGGAGGAUGUGGACGCGCGUGUGGCGGUUCCUGUACAACAAAUACUUUCGCUUCUGGCUCAAGUGGGUCCUGCGGCUGCUGACGGGGAGGUGCGAGCUGCAGCGCGUCCUGGGCGGCGCGGAGGCGGGGGCGCGGCGGACGCUGAGCGUAGAACAUUCACUGGAAUCAUCAAAGAAUAAGGUUUUAAGAGAUGCUGUACAUGUUGAAGAAGCUGAAGUGGAGAACUGUGUCAGAGAUGUAAUGAAAGAAAAGAAGAUUGAACAGCAGGAUACAAGGUUUAAGACAAAUCUGCAGAUAUCCUUACUGCAGAUAACAGGUUAUAAAAAACUGUAUUUGAAUGUGGAAAACCUAAGGAGGAUCCCAUAUGAUUCAGAAAACGAAGAACAUGAGGAACAGUUAAUUGAGCUCUGGAAUUUGCUGAUGCCUCACGAGAAUCUAAAGGCCAGAAUCAGCAAGCAGUGGUGUGACAUUGGCUUCCAAGGUGAUGAUCCCAAAACAGACUUCAGAGGAAUGGGGCUGCUGGGCUUAGUGAAUCUGGUGUAUUUUAGUAGGCAUUACACCAAUGAAGCUCGUCAGAUCCUUUCUCGGUCAAACCACCCAAAGCUGGGAUACUCCUAUGCCAUAGUUGGGAUCAAUCUGACAGAGAUGGCAUACAGCUUGCUCAAGAACGGUACUUUAAAGGCUCAUCUCUACAACCUGGUCUCUGGGUUGCCACAGAUGGAGCACUUCCAUCAGUUUUACUGUUAUCUAGUUUAUGAGUUUGACAAGUUCUGGUUUGAAGAGGAACCAGAAAGCAUUAUGCACUUCAACCAGUACAGAGAGAAAUUCCAUGARAAAAUCAAGGGACUUCUACUGGAUUACAAUGUGGUACUGACCUUACAGGAUACAAAGAAACCUUAAAUCCUCUGCAGUGUAUGCGGUUCAGCAUCAAAAAUUGAGGGAUGCAUUUAGAUGGAAGUUUUGUGUGUUUCACCAAAACUGUCUAAGAAUGGAACUUUUUUUUUAACAUUAAAAAAAGAAAAUUAGCAAACUUCAGUUAAGAAAGCUUGGACAAUCAACCUCUGUUUACAGGUAUUUUUAUGCUAUUCUCCAAAGGGAGCUUUUUGAAAAGAAAGUGAAACAAAACUCAACCAACAAACCAACACAAAAAAACUCACAAAAUCUCAAGAGCCUCUGGAUUGCUUACUUUUGUAUUUUCUUUUGUAAUUCUUGGUGCAGGAACAUGAAGCAGCUAUUUAUGCUGCAUCAUGUUUUCCAUGAAUAGGUUUGACUGUUAAUGGUCUUUUAAAGGAUGGUUCAAGUUCAGCUUUUUUAAUUCGAACUUAAUUCCACUUUUUAACAUAGUAGUUGAAGUUCAGCUUUUAGUUGAAAUUAUUGUGAUUUUAGAUUUUUUGAGUUCUUGCUCCUUUACAUGUCAUUGAAUGUUCACUCAAUAAUGUUAAAUUUCUUUGUAAUUAAGAGGUCCUCAAAUGGGAGGUAUUAAUUGUUUAUAAUUGUUUGUAACUCUGGAGAAGAGGCUUAAUCCAUCAGCAUAUUGAUGUACUAACUAGAAGUUACUUCUGGAUAGGGAAGUUUAUCUAUGGAUUUGUACCAGCCAAUUCUUGUCCUUGCAAGAAGUUUAAUUUGCAGACAAACAAAAAGAAUCCCAUGUCAUCGGCAUGAGGAUAGGAUUCUCAGGCUAAAGCUACUCCUUCUAAAAGUAUUCCUACUGUAAAAACUUUGGAUUCUUUCUAAUCUGACUUCACAUGCUGGGAGAAUUGACUCGGUAUCUGUUGUCAGCCCUUUCUUUUAGCAGCCAAGGGGGUAUUCUUAGUGGGAGGUACAACAGAUCUAGUUUAGCCCUUUUAAAAAGUUUAAAGAAAAACCUUUAUUGCAGCUGCAAUCAUUUUGUAAAAAUAGAUUCACAUCUGAGUACAA